AUGGCCACCGCAGUAGAGAAGAAUGAAGCAGCCACAAAGGCAGCCUCCGCUGCAGCAGCCAAAGCCGCCGCAAAGAUGCAUCGAAGGUCAAGAUCAGGAUGCUUCACCUGCCGCUUACGACGCAAGAAAUGUGAUGAGGGCAGACCGAAGUGUAAGGCAUGCCGUCACCUAGGACUGACCUGCGAGUACAAGCGACCGCUGUGGUGGUCGAACCAGGAAACCCGCCACAAACAAAAGGACGAGAUCAAAACCCUCAUCAAGCGCACAAAGACGAACGAGAAGAGUAUGUCUUCACUAUUUCAUAACAGUCUUCUACAACGCGGUCGGCCAGUCUCGCCACCUAAUCCUUCCCAUGUUCUUAUGUCUUUGCGCAAAUCUCAUGAUUUCCUUGCGUCAUCUUCAUCCUCAUCUCCUUCAACAUCGAGGAAGCAUGUACCAACAUCCUCUUCCACCACAGGUACACAGCCAGGAAGUAAGCAUGGCUCUGGUCAUGGACAGCAGUACAGCCAGUCCGGCGCCUCGUCACCGAAUUCCGAGGACUACGACCAGUUUAACCAAUUUCCUACCGGCACUCCAGGCUUGUACGAUCCCUUCUGCAUGCCUAUGUACUCAGGCAGUAUGACUCAGACUCCUGUCCAAUACACUGGAUAUCAUCCAUACGAAGUCGAUGUCAAGACUGAACGUCAAAUGUUCGUCAACGAUGUUCCCACACGGCGAGAUUCAUCAAUUUCCACAUUCUCAACAUGGAUUCCGCCACCUGAAGCCAUGCUGCCGUCGUACCCGGCCACGCAAGAUCAAUGGAGUGGUACAGUACAUCAAUCAACCGACAGCUACUACACCUCGCACAUGCCGUCACUCAAUACCGAUAUUGAUGAUUUGUCGCACGAAGAAGAUCUUGACUUCAACUUUUUCCAGUACUCGCACCCACAUCACCAACAUCAUGUUCAAUCGCAGCCAGCAGUCCAGAUACCUCAGCAGCCACGCGAGAGGACAGAAGUCAGCGCCGACAUCUCGGCUCAAAUUCCACUUGACGAUGUCGACAGGCCCUUGUUCAGCUACAUGUUGUCCAAUGUCCUUCCGCUACUCUUUCCCAUUCUUAACGCCAAUCAGCACGGUAGCGUGCGGACCGACAUUUUGCUUCCAGCACUCGAAAACAAUAAGGCGUACUUGCACUCCUGCCUCACAGCUGCUGCGACUCAUCAGCGCUCGUCACUCGAUAUUCCUGGUGGACCAUCUGUGAAUGAUGACGAUCUCGCUACCAUCGACGACUCGAUCGUGCGACACAAGUACGCAUUCGUGCAAGAAGUCGUCAAUGCGUUGACAAAUGACACGCAUCAUGAUGAGAUCCUAGAGGCGACUUUGGGAAUGAUCACUUUCGGUACGUGCGUUGGCCGUGCGCCUCCGUCGACUCUUCCACCACCAGCGCAUACGCUACCAUCGCCCACGAUCGAUGACCACCAGAUAUCCGCACCUGCUGCCAUGGCAAGGGACAUUCCCUGGCAUUCGCACUUCCAGGCUGCGACCGAACUCGUCAACAAGCUUAUGCUGCCAACGACUCUCGAGUCCAUGCCCGCCACUCAUGCGUCGCCACCGUUCAACAUGACUCUGACAGCCUGGAUCGAUAUUCUGGGCUCAACCAUGCUCGGUCGGAGCCCCACAUUCGCGAACACGUAUCGUACGAAGCAUCUAUCAGGCUCAACGUCCGGUCUUGCUGAGCUCAUGGGUUGCCACGAUGGAGUCAUGUACUUGCUCUCCGAGAUUGCAUGUCUCGAUAGUCUCAAGCGUGACGGAAAGCUUGACGAUCAUGCCAUUUGCCAGCACGUGGCAUCUCUCGGCGAGCAACUCAAUGCUACAGAGACUGUCGCGACCAUCGAUGAAACCACAGGGAUGCACGUCACUCUACCUGCUGCCGCCCCGAGGUUGCCUUACUCCCGAUCUGGAGCACUACGGCCAAGACAAUUGAGCAAGAACAUAACUGCUGUCUUCCAGAAGGCUGCUCGCGUCUAUUUGUGCUCGUUGGUACCGGCAUACCAGAAAACGCAAGUUGCAACGUGCAAUCUGAUUGAUCAGAUGGCGGAUCUUCUGGAGUUCAUUCCCUCAGGUCCUCUCGGUUUCGAUCGCAGUCUUGUAUGGCCGUACCUGAUUUGUGGCGCGAACAGUGUCCCGAGCAGCAAGUUCCGAAGGGUUCUGGCGCAGAGAGUCGAGUUGAUGGGCGAUGCACUAUCCGAGAUGGGCAGUUUUGGGAAGAUGGUGAAGCUAUUGCACGAAGUGUGGCGGGUCGGUGAUGAGGCGUUACUACAGGGUCUGGGUUGCGAGGGCACGCCACUGACGGCGAACGGCGGAAAUAGCCCGAUUGUCGGGAGCAAUUGCGGUGUUGGAAGCACACAUAUGGUUGGUAAUGUUGGUGGCAUUGGCAUCGGCGGUACCGCGCUGGCGCAGCAAGCGAUGUCGACGCCCACGAUGAAGAGCCAGAUCACUCAGCAAAAUAUCCACUGGCGGGAUGUGAUGCAGAUGAACGGUUGGGACUUUUUGCUAAUAUGA